CCCUUUGACAGUGCGGAGGAGGCAAAAUGAAAAAGGAACAACAUCAACAGCGGAGACAGUUUCCUCGAGAGUGAAGAAAAGUCAAGAUGGUGUUUGCAAAGUUCAGUUUUAUUUUGCUGCUGGCGUCAAAUAUUGUUAACGGAGAUCUACAUGGCAAGCUGCUGGAGGAAAACGAGGAAACGAUGGACCUGGAGACGUAUCAUCCGAAUCGUGAUCUUCCAAUACAGAACUCGAUAGUGUCUCAUCAGAGAUACAAAUGCUAUAGCUGUGAACCUCCCGACUGUGCCGACACGACGGCCCACGCCCACCUCUGCCAGAACGCGAUCCAGUGCUGGAAGUCGCGGAUUCGCGAUCAGUUCGGCCACGAAAGCGUAUCCCGCGGAUGUACCACCACCCACGAGCAGCUUCCACUCUACUGCAAUCCCAAUUUGAAGAACAGCAGUGGGCCGAAGAAGCGACACGCCUCCGGGACGUACAAUAUCGAGUGUUGCACCGGAGACUACUGCAACAAUGGGUCGUUUCCGGCGCUGCCACCGGUGGAGUAUGGAAAUGAAGUGAUGAAGGUGGAGUCCUCCAUCAAUGCGCUGAAUUUGACGGGGGCCAUCGUAAUACCGGUAAUUCUGGUGAUUAUGAUUCUUGCUUUCAUAUUGCGCAUAUAUCGCCGCUCACAACACAAGCGUCUGACUGCCACCAAGAGUAAGCACGAUCAGGAGACCUAUUACGCCAGUGAUGAGAUUCUUCGAGCCACCAGUGCCGGUGACAGCACACUUCGAGAAUAUCUUCAACAUUCGGUCACCUCCGGAUCGGGCAGUGGUCUACCACUGUUGAUUCAGCGAACGCUGGCCAGGCAAGUGUCGCUUUGCGAAUGUAUCGGCCGUGGUCGAUACGGAGAGGUGUGGCGCGGUAUCUGGCACGGUGAAAGUGUCGCUGUGAAAAUAUUUUUUUCGCGAGACGAAGACUCGUGGAAACGCGAGACAGAGAUCUAUAGUACGGUGCUGCUGCGGCACGAGAACAUUCUCGGCUACAUUGGAUCGGACAUGACCUCGCGAAAUUCGUGCACCCAACUGUGGCUCAUCACGCACUAUUAUCCGCUGGGGUCGUUGUUCGAUCACCUUAACCGGACUGCCUUGAGCCAUCACCAGAUGGCGACGAUUUGCCUUUCGAUUGCCAACGGCUUGGUGCACCUGCAUACCGAGAUCUUCGGUACGGAAGGUAAACCGGCGAUCGCUCACCGUGACCUGAAAACCAAGAACAUCCUGGUACGCAUCAACGGUUCUUGUGUGAUAGCCGACUUUGGACUGGCCGUGACACACAGGCAAACGACGAACAAGAUCGACAUGGGCAACACGGCACGGGUCGGAACGAAGCGAUAUAUGGCACCGGAGGUGUUGGAUGAAAGCAUAAACAUGGAAUGUUUCGAGGCGCUGCGCAAGGCCGACAUCUACGCAAUCGGUUUAAUGUUCUGGGAGAUAUGCCGGCGCACGCUGUCGAAUGGUAUCGCCGAGGACUACAAAGUUCCCUUCUACGAUUGCGUCACGUCCGAUCCGAGUUUCGAGGAGAUGCGAAAAGUCGUCUGCGGGGAUAAUUACCGUCCAUCGAUACCAAAUCGAUGGGUUUCCGAUCCGCUCCUAUCCGGCAUGUCGAAACUGAUGCGCGAAUGUUGGCAUGCAAAUUCGAAUGUGCGUUUGCCGGCGCUGCGGAUAAAGAAGACCCUGCUGAAGCUUGCCAUUUCGGACGAAACGGUGAAGCUCAACUACGAUGGCGAGAUCUGUGUUUGAUGGCUGCUACCGCAUGGGUACUACACGUUAAGACGAGAUCGUGGCUCUUCAUCCAUAGUAAGAAGGUAUCAAAUCAGACAACAACAAUAUCAUGUUUCGAGGGUUAGAAGCGGGUGGUGUGCUAAAAUAUUGUGUGUGGGUUUUGAGGUGAAAGUGGGUUUGCGUGGUAGUUGUGUAUGUGAAUGCGUACAUAUUUCAAUCGUGUACAUAUUUUUGUGUAUAAUCUAAAGACUAUAAUAGAUUAGAACUGUUAAUUUUAUAAACCAUUUCUAAAUUGUCAUGUCGUUUGCGUUCAUCGUGAACAUAUGAAAUAAUUUUUAAUUUACGUUACAAUAUUAUGUUUUCUUAUUUUAUGAUUUGUUUUGAUCCUUGUGAAAACACCAUCAAAAACAAAAAGGUCAUAACAUGUUCAGUAUUAUUAACUGAAUAUAUAUUAUAGAAUACAACAAUGCAAAAAUCUUUAAUCAGAAUAAAUGCAGAGCAAAACUAACAACCUUCUAAGUAUAGACAAAGAUAGAACUAUUUACACUCUGACGUGAUGAAUCGAGAAAACGACCUGCGAAAGUCUUCGUUCGGACCAUUCAAUUUUUCGGCUUGUGUUAAUCAUGGACAAAUCGACAUCCAAAUUAAGUGCCAUUCGGUCGACUUUUCGUCUACAUCAAAAUGCAAAAAUAAGUUUGCAUAGAUUGAUUUCAUACGUAUAUAUUUUCUAGCGACUAGAUUAUAUUUAAUCUUUAUAAAUAAGAAAAAGCUCACUGAUACGCUAACUUUAUGUACAUAAUAGGGCGUAUUUUUAAUUUGGAUUUCAUAUUAUUUCAUUGUGCGUUAUUUUAUGGCCGAGAAAAUGUUACGAAAGUUCUGCGAAAAGGAUGAAGGUCUAAAUAAGUUCAUGAGUCCCACGAGCGACUUUGAGAUAGUUAAUAACAGCAGGUAUAUAUCCCAUAUACUAUAUUUUGUCUAUCUAUUUUUUCUGGUUUAUCCUACGAACAAAAUUUCAAAAUUUUGACAACUAUGAAUAUGUAGUCUCAAAGUAAUCGAAUUAUAAAAUCGAUUUUAAUUAGUUCAACCAAAAUUAAUUGCUUUUUUCCCGGGUAUUGAUCACCCAUGGACAAUAACUACAAUUUAAAAAAAGUUGAUCUGCAUAUGAUAUAAAAUUUAAUAUGCAUAUGCACACUAUGAGGAAGAUUGGAUGAUUUAAUCAUCCAGUCUUUCUCAUAGUGUGCAUAUGCAUAUUGAGUUUUCGAUUUGAACCAUAAGUAUCGUACCGCGAGUAACAAACGAAUUGUAUUUGUCUAUUUUACCCAAUGCGUACAUUUGCUAGUGGGACUAAAAAUGAAUUUAUUUGCAGAGAUGACGAAUAGUUUGGGUUAUUAAAUUAAUUUAGUUUUAUCAUUUUGAGCAAUAAAAACCGAUAGGAAGCUUAGAUAGUUUUUAACAAAA